UGUCAAAACGAAGACAACCUAAUACUUAAUUACGUAGAACGAAACGUGUAUUCCUUAUUCGCGAACAGUGUUUCGCAAUACAUUUUAGUUUUUCUUUGAAAGUUUUGUAUUUAACCAUGUUAUCGAGCCUAAGGUUUGGAGUUUUAGGCGCGUGGCGUACUUCGGCUAGGGCUCUGCAGACGUCCUCCACCCUGCAACAUGAUAGUUUAUUCGUGCAUAGAGAUACACCAGAGGAUAACCCUAAUAUCCCUUUUGAAUUUACGCCGGCGAAUCAGAAGCGCAUUGAUGCCCUCCUAGCAAUUUACCCAGAGGGUCACAAGAGAGGAGCAAUGAUACCCUUAUUGGACCUGGCACAGCGUCAGAAUGGAGGCUGGUUACCCAUCUCGGCGAUGCACAAAGUUGCUGAAGUCUUAAACCUACCACGCAUGAGGGUGUAUGAGGUUGCCACUUUUUACACAAUGUUCAUUAGACGACCAAUUGGAAAAUAUCACAUGCAAGUGUGUACAACAACACCAUGCUGGCUGCGAGGUUCUGAUGCCAUCCUAGAAGCGAUCAAAGCAGCCACCAACUGUGAUGUUGGUGGUAACAGUCCAUGUGGAAAGUUCUCCAUUUCAGAGGUAGAGUGCUUAGGAGCAUGUGUGAAUGCACCAAUGGUCCAGGUUAAUGAUGAUUACUAUGAGGACCUGACAGUAGACGAUGCAAAGGAAAUUGUCGAAAAACUAAAGAAAGAUGAGAAACCUAAGGCUGGACCCAGGAGCGGUCGUUUUGCGGCAGAACCACUUGGCGGGUUGACAUCCCUCACUGAAGAACCUACAGGUCCCGGCUUCGGAUUACAGGACGGCCUCAAGUCAUAAGCGAAAUCUUUGUUUUGUUAAUUUUAUUAUAAUAGGAAAUAUUUAAAUAAAUCAUGUUAGAUAAUUA